UUUAAAUUUUUGAUUUCUCUUUUUUAAUCCUUCUUACGAAAUACGACGAAACUUUUAAAUAUUUUUUUUAUCAUAAAAUGUACAAAUUAAAUAAAACUCUCACAAAACACUUAAUUUUAAAUAGACAUUUCAAAAACUACCUCUCAACAUGGUCUCCUUUAGCAACUGCAUUCAAUUCGCCACCAUAUAAGAAAAUUAAUUUAACGCGCAAUGAUGUGGGAUUGUUUAACUUACCUGAAUUAAAGUCCUUCGAAGGAUUCUAUCUAUUGAAAGAUAAUGUGGGAAACAAAACUGACGACUUAAUCCAAGAAGCUAUCUCCCAAAAUCGUUCAAGAAAAAUGGUUGAGAUUUUCGAUGAACUAUCUGAUUCCCUUUGCAAAGUCGCUGAUCUUGCUGAAUUUAUUCGAAUCGCUCAUCCACAGAUUAAGUAUUCGCAUGCGGCCGAGGAGGCUUGCAUAUCAAUAAGUGGAAUUGUCGAGAGUUUGAAUACGCAUAAACCAAUAUUCAAGGCACUCCAAGGUGUUGUCGAAAAUGGUGACAUUAUGCCAACAACAGAAAUCGAUCGUCACGUAGCCAAACUCUUUUUAUUUGAUUUCGAGCAAUGUGGGAUUCACCUGCCGGAGUCCGAGAGGCAAAAAGUAGUUCGUCUGAAUGAUGCUAUCCUUCAAUUGGGUCAGAAAUUCAUGGGUGGAGCCGUCCAACCAUCAGCGAUACCCAGAAAAAGUGUUCCAGAAUCGGUAGCACAUAUAUUUCCAUCAGAUGGAGACAACGUGUAUGUGUCUGGACUAUAUACCAACUCUUCUAGUGCUCAGGCUAGAGAAGCAGCUUUCAGGCUCUUCCUUCGGCCAGUGGAGAGCCAAGAAGAACUCUUAUCCGAUCUCAUCGCUUGUAGAUACUAUCUAGCAAAAACUUGCGGUUUCGAAACUUAUGCACAUCGAGCUCUGAAUUCUAGCACCGUGGAGAAUCCAACUAUGGUCAAGCAAUUUAUUGACGAAUUAUCUGACGAGCUCCGACCUAGGGCAGCAAGAGACUUUGAAAUAAUGGAAAAAAUAAAGAAAAAGGACACUAGAAACUUAAAUGCCGUGUUGGCUGCUUGGGACACACCCUAUUUCACUUCAGUGGUCAAAAGUCAAUUGCUCAACGCAAGUUCCAAUGAUUUCCUGCCCUAUUUUAGUUUAGGCGGUUGCAUGGAAGGCUUAGAUAAUCUCAUGAAAUCACUGUAUGGAGUCAGUUUAGAAAACACUGAAGUUGAACCCGGCGAAGUGUGGAACAAUGACAUCUACAAACUAUCUGUUAUACAUGAGACUGAAGGCCUCUUGGGGUACAUUUAUUGUGAUUUCUUUGAACGCAAUGGAAAACCAAAUCAGGACUGCCAUUUCACAAUUCAAGGGGGCAAAAAACUAUCGGAUGGAAGCUAUCAGCUGCCAAUAGUCGUAGUUAUGUUGAAUUUGAGUCCAGCCCGGUGGACAGGACCGACUCUGUUGUCUCCGUCUCGUGUGGAUAACCUUUUCCAUGAAAUGGGUCAUGCGAUGCAUUCGAUGUUGGGACGAACCGAGUAUCAACAUGUAACGGGGACUCGUUGUAGUACCGAUUUCGCUGAGGUGCCAUCAAUUCUAAUGGAAUACUUUGCAAGUGAUCCCAGGGUACUAAAAACAUUUGCAAAGCACUAUAGAACACAUGAGCCAAUGUCUGAAGAAAUGCUGCAACGACUCUGCGCAUCGAAAAACCUUUUCUCAGCCAGUGAAACACAGUUGCAGGUUUUCUAUUCUGCUUUAGAUCAAGCUUAUCAUUCAGAAAAACCAAAUCAAGGUCAAAAUACAACAGAUACGCUGAAAGAAGUUCAAGCCAAAUAUUACAGCCUUCCUUAUGUGGAAAAUACUGCUUGGCAACUUCGAUUUGCGCACUUAGUUGGUUAUGGUGCAAAAUAUUACUCCUACCUUAUAUCAAAAACAAUAGCGUCUUGGAUAUGGCAGACAUAUUUUGAAGCUAAUCCUUUCAACAGGGAGUCUGGUGAAAAGUAUAGACAAGAAGUUUUAGCUCAUGGCGGUGGUAUUCCGAGUCGACAAUUGGUAGCCAACUUUUUGCAAAGAGAUGUAACGCCAAAAGCUUUAUCGCAAAGUUUGAUCCAUGAGAUCGAUUUAAAUAAUGAGAAAAUCAAAGAAAUGAGUAAAAAGUUUAAAUCAUCGAUUGGUGAAUAAUGAAGAUGAUGCAUAAUAAAAAAAAACUGUUAUAUUAAAUCUUAAGUUUAAUUUGAAAAUUUGAGUCAUAAGUGUUUAAUAAAUUUAAGUAUUUAUUGUUAUGAAGAUCCUUCA